AUGGGUUCCUGGAUCAAGAAGGAGUUUCUCGGCAAGGGAUCGUACGGGACCGUGCGCAAGGCAGUCCCUCUGACGAGGGAAUUAGCAGAUUCUAAAGAUGAUGAUGAUGAUGAUUCGCCGCUGAUGAUGGUUUCCGAGAUUGCUGUCAAGUCUGCAGAUUUCGCGUCCUCGACCUCUCUUCGGAAGGAAGGAGACAUCCUGUUCUUGUUGAGUGAUUGUCCCGGAAUCAUCCGUUGUUAUGGGGAAGACGUCUCCGAGGAGAAGGGCAGGAGGGUGUACAACCUCUUGCUGGAGUUCGCUCCCGGCGGCUCCCUCAAGAGUUUGAUUGAAAGAAGGGGCGGGGCACUGCCGGAAUCAGAAGUGCGACGCUACACUCGCAUGAUGCUCAAAGCUUUAAACUACGUGCAUGACAAGGGCUACGUCCACUGCGACAUUAAGCCACAUAACAUUCUUGUUUUCCCUUCUCAACACGGCAAUGGGAACUACGUGAAGAUUGCCGAUUUUGGACUGGCAAAGAAAGCAGAUGAAGGCAAUGGAUGGAGCGAUAUUGAUCCUCGUUUGAUGGGCCGCACUCGCGGGACUCUUCCUUAUGCUUCGCCAGAAUCUAUUGUUUGGAACAUGAACAAGUCGCCAGUGGAUAUUUGGGCUCUUGGGUGCACGGUAUCGCAGAUGAUGACCGGACGAUCUCCAUGGGAGUGCACGGACAGGCUAGAGCUGAAAUUGAAGAUAAUUCUUGGGAGAGAGCUACCCAGAAUUCCAGAAAACAUGUCUAGCCAAGGCAAGGAUUUCUUACGGAAGUGCUUCGAGAGGGAAUGGGAAACCAGAUCAACAGCUGCAGAGCUUCUUCGACAUCCUUUCGUUGAAGGGGAGCCAGAAGAAUGGGCCGACGAGAUGCUGAGGAGUGCCGAUGAAGAUGGUCGAUGGGCUUUUCGGUUUUCCAUGUUUAAGGAGGAAGAGGAGGAUCCUUUGACAACAAUACCAAUAGAGUUCUAUUUGCCUUCGUCUUUGAGGGUUCCUGUUCUAUAG